AUGUGCUUCACAAGGCACUUACAGCGGGAGCAAGCCAAGGUUCGAAGGCCCAGCGGCAACAGAUUUGUCUGCAGUCUCUGCAAGGAGCGAUUCUCCAGCGAGGAGGCUUGGGAGCGGCACUAUGACAGGAAGCACCACAUACACAUACACCCGGGAAGGGAUGUGUGCUUGGCGGAUUAUUGCGAGGUGCUGCACUGCGACAAAAUCAACCUGACGCCCACAUCGAGGCAGCUGCGGGCGCAGCAGGCCGGGGACCCCACCCUGGCGCCGCACGCCCCAUGCCGGGAGUCGGCGGCCGAGCAGCUUCGUGAAAGCUGCCGCGACCUCGCCGCCGCCUGCUUCCCGCCGGAUGCCGGCCCGGCUGCUGCCAAGCUUCACCGGUUGUUUGUGGAGGGUGUGUGUGCUGCGCACACUUGUGAUCUGGAGUUGCAGCAGGACCUGUUGGUACAGCUGGCUGCGUCUGAGAAGGGGACGCUGGGGUACAAGCUGUUGAUAGGCUUGGCGUUGGGGGCGAUGGCGAUAUUCUAUGCGUGCCUGUGGGUGUACCACCAGUAUCGCUCGGGAUCCCUCUCUCGUGGGGAUGUGCGGAGGCUGCGACGGAAAAAAGCAAAUAACAUUCUGGAAUUUCUUGGACUGCAACAACGGAAGGCCCAUAGGGUGUAG